AUGGUCAAGUCCUUUGCUUCCUUCGCCACGUCCGCCGCCAUCCUCACCGCUGUCGCCACCGCCGCGUCCGUACCCGACGGCACGUGGCCAACCAGCACGGGCACCGUGCAGUACGCGACGGCCCACAUUGUCAAGGCCGGUGAGGUGUUCGACGGCAAGAUGCAGACGUUCGAGCGCUCCGACGUCUCGUGCGAGGGCCAGACCGAGAGCGGAUCAGACACCGCGGUGUUCAAGGUGGAGGCCGGUGGCACCCUCAAGAACGUCAUUAUCGGCAAGAACCAAAUGGAGGGCGUCCACUGCGACAACCACGACUGCACCAUCGAGAACGUGUGGUGGGACGAUGUGUGCGAGGACGCCCUGAGUAUCAAGGGCGGAACCGCCUCCAGUGUGUCGACUGUCACGGGUGGCGGUGCUCGCUCGGCCGACGACAAGGUGAUCCAGCACAAUGGCUUAGGCACCGUCAACAUCGACGGCUUCUACGGCGAGGACAUCAGCAAGCUCUACCGGUCGUGCGGCACGUGCGGCGACAAGGCGAAGAAGGUGUCCGUUUCGAACGUUCCAGCGGGGACAAGGUGA